AUGGGCAAUCAACUCUGCUGCGCAAGGGAGAGGACGAAGGAUCCGGCAGAUAGACCUGUUCCACAGAAGGUCUAUCUCAACCACAAUCCAGCACAGCGAACUCCUGCUAAUGAGGAGGUGCAACCUCCUACGGUACACAGCGCGACUCUCAAGAAGAUAGUGCUCUCAUCCAGCGUGCCAGCACAGCAUGAAGAAGAUCAUUCACACCACGCCAAGGCGCAAGCAAGCACUCCCUUUGCUGACAGAGCCAUUCUCCGUCGGUCGCCCUAUGCCAGUGUGAUGAUGACUCCCGUUGCAAUGCCUUACGCCAGCAUACAACACACGAGCAAUCCGACAGAAGAAUCUGAGAAUACGUUGCUGUAG